AUGGUUUCGACGCCUGAUAGUCAUGUCCUCAUCGUGGGCGCGGGCUGCUUUGGGCUUUCAACCGCCUAUCACCUCCUCAAGAGAGGAUACAAGAAUGUCACGGUAAUCGAUCGAGCUCCAGAGCUCCCCGCCGCCGACGCUGCGAGCACGGAUAUCAACAAAAUCGUGCGAAGUGCAUACCCAGAUGUCUUCUACACUAGACUCGCGCGAGAAGCGAUCGCGGCUUGGAAAAACAGGGAAGAAUGGGGCGACGCAUACCACGAAUACACCGACAAGGCGUACGAAAACGACAUCGCGCACGGCGCGCGCGUCGAUCUCGUUGACACUGUCGACGCCGCGCGCGCGUACUUCCCCGAUGGCGUGACCAUCUCCAUGACCGACGCCCGCGGCUACCUCAACCGCGACGGCGGUUGGGCUUGGGCCUCCAAAGGCAUCCAGCGCGCCAUGGAGCUCGUCACCGCGCUCGGUGGGAAGAUCGUCCCGGGGAAGGCUGUCGCGCAGCUCCUGCGCACUGACGGCAGAGCGACUGGCGUCCGGUGCGUGGACGGCAGCACGUUCGCCGCCGACGCCGUCGUGCUCGCCACAGGGUCCUGGUCGGCGUCCGCGUUCCCAGACCUGGGGCUCGAGGGCCAAUGCCUCGCGACGGGACAGACCGUGUGCAUGCUCCAGCUCACGCCCGAGGAAGCCGCGAGGUACCGCGACUGCCCCGUCUACCUCAAUUUCCACACUGGGUUCUACGUCUUCCCGCCGACCGCGGACGGCAUCGUCAAGUGCGCCAUUCACUCUGGCGGGUACGUGCGCAAGGUGCCCGUGGACGGCGCCAGCAGUGCCAGCGGCAUCUCGACCCCGCGCACGGUGGUGUCGGAUGGCGCUGAUGGGCUGCGCAUCCCGCGCGCGGCGGUGCGCCUCCUGCGCGAGGAGCUCGGGCGCAUCUACCCGGAGCUCGGCCGGAAGCCUUUCGUCGGCACCCGUCUUUGCUGGUACACCGACUCGACGAACGACGAUUGGGUUGUUGGCGCGCAUCCCGAAGUCGAGAAUCUGAUGCUCGCCACUGGGGCUCUGUUCCUCCCUGUGAUCGGAACAUUGGUGGCAGACGCGCUCGAGGGAAAGCUCCCGCCUGAUCUUGCACCCACAGCGACGCCCGAGAUCCGCCUGACGCUCCCGAAGGAUCUCCUGCUUGAUGAUCUUUGCACCCCAGAUGACCUCCUCCCGCCGGCGUGA